CUUAGGAUUUGAAGAUAAGAAAGCAUCAUAUGCCAGUGGUUGAUUGAACUCCACUAGAGCCCCCACCAAUAGUGGCAGUGGUGACGGGGCCUCCAAAGUUGGAAAGAGCACUUUGAUAUAAUGCCUCAUUGGGAAUUUCAUCCGGCAGAAGUUGACCAAGAUCAGAGGCCCUGUGAGGAUCAUGUCAGGUAAAAAGCGCAGACUCACCAUUAUUGAAUGUGGGUGUGAUAUUAACAUGAUGAUUGAUCUGGCUAAAGCAGCAGAUCUGCUGAGUGGUGUCAUUGAGGAAACACAAAGUGGGGCUCAUCCAGGAAUGAGAUUUUGCCAGAGAAAGGAGCAGCAAGUCAGGGAGCUUAAGUUGCUCCUUCACAUAUUCACACUCUGUGCGGUCACCAUGUUAGUCGGACCUGGUUCCCCUUCUGCCAUGAUUGACAGCCCUGAGUUUCACCAGCCGCAGGGGUCAGUGUGCCCCUCUGAGUCCGACAUCUAUGAGGCAGGAGCUGGGGACAGGAUGGCAGGAGCUGGGAACAGGAUGGCAGGAGCUGGGGAUGGGAUGGCAGGGGCGCCUAUGGCUGCUGCUGUGCAGCCUGCUGAGGUGACUGUUGAAGUUGGUGAGGACCUCCACAUGCACCACAUCCAUGACCGGGAGAUGCCUGAAGCUUUGGAGUUUAACCCUUCUGCCAAUCCAGAGGCAAGCACAAUAUGCCACCGGAACUGUCAAACAGAUGCUUUGGAGUUUAACCCUUCUGCCAAUGCAGAGGCAAGCACAAUAUUCCAGAGGAACUCUCAAACAGAUGUUAUAGAAAUAAGAAGAAGCAACUAUACAAACCACGUAUCUACUGUGCGUUUCAGUCAACAAUACAGCUCAUGUUCAACAAUAUUCCUUGAUGACAACACAGCCAGCCAGUCUUAUCUUACAAUGACAAUAAUAUCAGUGACCUUGGAGAUACAUCAUGAUAUCACGCAAAGAGAUGCAGAUGGAUCUUUGAGCGUAUGUGAUGAAGAGUUAUACUCAUUUAUGGUGGAGUCUCUCUCUGUAGCCCAGGCUGGAGUGCAAUCAUGUGAUCUUGGCUCAUUGCAGGCUCUGCCUCCCAGGUCCCUGUUCAAGCAGAAACCUGAACCAAGUGAACAAGUUCAACAUCAUCAGUAAGAAGAACUAUCAGUGCCAUAACUCUGAUGGAAUGCACGAGGAAGGAUUCCACAUCAUUUUUGUACUGUAAUGGCCAAAGGUGCAUAACUUCAGUCCAAUCAUGGAAAUACAUCAGACAAACCCAAAUCGAGGAACAUUUGACAAAUACUGAUCAGUACUGGUUCAAAGUGUCACGGUUAGGAAAGAUAAGCAAAGACUGAGGAACUAUCACUGCAGUCCUACAAAAUGGCAAGAGACUAAGAAAUAAGUAAAUGCCCCGUGAUCCUGGGUUGCAU